AUGGUGCCCUGGGGGGAGCCAGAGCUCCUGGUGUGGCGCCCAGAAGCGGUAGCUUCGGAGCCCUCGGUGCCGGCGGUGUUGGAGGUGAAGCUGGGGGCCCUGGUGCUGCUGCUCCUGCUGACGCUGCUCUGCAGCCUGGUGCCUAUCUGUGUGCUGCGAAGGCCAGGCACUAACCACGAAGCCUCGGCCUCCAGCCAGAAAGCCCUGAGCCUAGUAAGCUGCUUUGCGGGAGGAGUCUUUUUGGCGACUUGUCUUCUGGACCUGCUGCCUGACUACCUGGCUGCCAUAGAUGAGGCCUUGGAGGCCUUGCAUGUGACGCUUCAGUUCCCCCUGGAGGAGUUCAUCCUGGCCAUGGGUUUCUUCCUGGUGUUGGUGAUGGAGCAGAUCACACUGGCGUACAAGGAGCAGUCCAGCCCACCACAUCCGGAAGAGACGAGGGCUCUGCUGGGAACAGUGAACGGGGGGCCUCAACGUUGGCGUGAUGGGCCAGAGGUCCCCCAGGCCAGCGGAACUCCGGCUGCUCCCUCGGCGCUGCGUGCCUGUGUGCUGGUGUUCUCCUUAGCCUUGCACUCGGUGUUCGAGGGCCUGGCUGUAGGUUUGCAGCGGGACAGGGCUCGGGCAAUGGAGCUGUGCCUGGCUUUGCUGCUGCACAAGGGUAUCCUGGCAGUCAGCCUGUCCCUGCGGCUGCUACAGAGCCACCUACGGGUGCAGGUGGUGGCCGGCUGCGGGAUCCUCUUCUCUUGUAUGACACCUCUGGGCAUCGGGCUGGGUGCCGCUCUGGCAGAGUCUGCUGGGCCUCUGCACCAGCUGGCCCAGUCUGUGCUGGAGGGAAUGGCAGCUGGCACCUUCCUCUAUAUCACCUUCCUGGAAAUCCUACCCCAGGAGCUAGCCACCUCUGAGCAGAGGAUCCUCAAGGUCAUUCUGCUCCUAGCAGGCUUUGCCCUGCUCACUGGCCUGCUCUUUGUCCAGAUCUGAGGUGCUUCCAGACAAAAGGCAAGGGGGUGCUGGGUGUCAGGUGCCCCUGUCCUCCCUGCCCUCUGCUUGGGACAAAUAGGAAGAAAUGGAGAAAGGAAGUAGUGAGAACCAGAAAGUUCUCUGGGACAUAGGGAAGUAGGCAGAGAAGAGGCUAGCCCAGGCCCAGAGAACAGGAGAUAGCCAAGUCACUUGGGACAUUAAGAAGGAGACAGUUGAGCCGGGUAUGGUGGCGCAUGCCUAUAAUCCUAGUACUCGGGAGGCAGAGGCAGUGGCAGGCAGAUAUCUGAGUUCAAGGCCAGCCUGGUCU